AUCGUGUGCAAGUUUAUUUAUGUUUUCGGCUCUUGGUCUAGUUCUAGGAGUACCGCACCAGCGUGUUGAUCGCAUAAUGAUGAGCCCGUAAAAACUUUUUUUAAAUUAAAUGCGUCAAUUUUUGAAAAAAAAAAAAUGGAUGAAAUAAGUUCGUCUAUAUGUCGUUUGCCCAAAAGUGCCAGGGUUGAUAUCGAAUUCCAGGAAUUAGGGUACACCGUUCCUCAAGGAAGAAAUGGUUCCAAAUUGAUCCUACGCAACAUCAGCGGUCAUUUUAGAUCAAACCAAUUGACCGCAAUUUUGGGCCCGUCAGGAGCAGGAAAAAGUACUUUGCUGAACGUACUAGCUGGAUACAAAUGUAGAACAGCUACCGGUGAAAUUCUUAUAAAUGGAAAACCGAGAAACAUGAAAUUAUUCAGAGAACUAUCCCGGUAUAUAAUGCAAGAAGACCUGAUGCAACCAAUGCUGACAGUCCAAGAGGCAAUGAUGGUUGCCGCUAAUCUAAAAUUAGGCCACGAAGUCAGUAAAAAGGAAAAGGAAAAUUCGAUUGCAGAAAUUCUAGAAUUAUUACGCCUACAAAGUACCACUCACACACAAACAACACAGCUAUCGGGGGGUGAAAAAAAACGACUAUCAAUUGCAUUGGAAUUGCUCAACAACCCUCCAGUACUAUUUCUAGAUGAACCAACAACUGGUUUAGAUGAUUUAUCUUGUUCCCAAUGCGUCAAUUUACUAAAACAAAUAGCCCAAGGUGGCAGGACAAUUAUAUGCUCUAUACACACUCCCAGUGCUAAAAUGUUUUCAGUAUUCGAUAAUGUUUAUAUUAUGUCAGCGGGACAAUGCAUUUAUCAGGGCUACGGUCCAGAAGUUGUCCCUUUUUUAGCCGACAUCGGACUAGAAUGUCCAAAACAUUUUAAUCCUGCUGAUUUUAUUAUUGAAGUGGCGUGUCAGGAAUACGGCAACUUUCAAGACCGGAUAGUUUCGGCCAUAGAUAAUGGAAAAUCUACAUAUGCCAAAUCGAAAACACACCAAAAUAAUGAAGAAAUUCAAUAUUCUCAAGGUAUUCACAUUUUCGAGCAGGAAAUUAGUCUUAGAGGUUCCAGUUGGACAAUGCAAUUUUCUAUUUUGCUUUUACGAAUGUGGAAGCAAAUGUAUAGAGACAAAAGCUAUUUAAUUCUGCGAACCGUUUUGCACAUAUUAAUUGGUUGCCUUGUAGGAGCUUUGUACAUUGGAAUGGGCAAAGACGGUUCCAAAACUAUAUUCAAUUUCGGUUUUUAUUUUACUUGCAUUAUAUUUUUUAUGUAUAUUCCAAUGAUGCCAGUAUUGCUUCAAUUCCCUAGAGAAUACCAAAUGAUAAAACGUGAACAUUUCAACAAAUGGUACAGACUGAGCGCCUAUUUUGCAGCGCUGACAACUUCGACGAUUCCUGUGCAAUUAGUUUUAGGCUCGCUUUACAUUACGAUGGUUUACUAUCUGACAGAUCAACCAAUGGAAUUGGGACGAUUGGCUACUUUUUACGCCAUUUGUAUGCUGACUGGAAUUAUUUCGGAAAGUUUCGGGUUGCUUAUUGCGUCACAACUCAGUUUAGUGAACGCUAUGUUUGUCGGACCAGUCCUAGCAGUCCCAUUCAUGUUGCUGGCAGUCUACGGCUUCGGAAGUGGCUACGAAAACAUCCCAAGCCUAAUAAAAUUCGCCAUGUAUUUCAGUUACCUGAGAUAUUCACUUGAAGGUCUCAUACACACAAUGUUAACUGGCAGAGAAAAACUAAGGUGCCCCGAAGAUGAGGACUUUUGCAUUUGGACCGAUUUGGAUUUGUUCAUGAAACAAAUGGGAAUGGAAAACACAAUCCUUUGGUUGGAUUUUGUUGCUUUAAUAGUUAUUUAUGUUAUAUUUAGGUUUGGGUUUUAUUAUUUGCUCAGGCAAAGGUUGAGGCCGAAUAAAACUUUUAUGGCUUUGGAGUAUAUUGGAAGGCUUGUGAAAUCUCAUAUUGCUAGGUGAUAAUCUGGGGGUUUAUAUUAAUGUAUUUAUUUAAUUAAGGUGUAACUGUUACAAAAAAUUGGAUAAAUGUUUUGCAGUUUAUAGCAUCACUUGAUUAUGAAAAAAUGUGAUACUUAUUUGAAUAUUUAUAAAAAAAAAUUUAUAAUAAUAAAGGAAUUAUUAUCUUUACAUGUUUUAUUUUUCUAACGUGGUGGUGGUACUGGCAUAACACCUCUCAUCAUGGGCGGAGGUGGCAUAGGAUGAUUGAACAUUGGAGGUCUCGGUGGUGGAGGUACUGGCAACAUAGGAGGUGGAGGAGGUAUUCCAACUCCCAUCAUAGGAGGCCUUGGCACUAUGUUGGUCAGUUUCUUGUUUUCGAUUUUGAAGGCAAAUUGCAGGAAAAAUUGUUUGGUGUCUCUGUUCCAAUGAGUCCAGAAUUUCUGGUCGG